AUGCAUAUUCCUACUUUCGGACAGAUUGCCACUGUUGGCAUGACUUUCUUCACCAUCGCCGCUCUGGCUGCACCUGUUGCUGAGCCUCUCGAGGCCGGCCUUGCCGAGCGUUCUACUGAGAUUACUGCCCGUGGCGAGGGCAUUGCCGCUCUGGCAGACGCUAGACUUGUCGAUCGUAGCGCUCUUGAGCAGCGCAAUUCCAAGAAGAAGCACUGCAAGCGCAACUCUCGCAAGAACAAGGGCGAUUGCUCCGACUCUGAUUCCGACUCCGAUAACGACAAGUAUGGAAAGAAGAAGAACAAGCACGGCAACAAGAAGGGAGACAAGAAGGGCAACGACAAGGACGACAAGUACGACAACAACAAGGGCAACAGCAAAGAUGACAAGUGGAACGACAACAAGGAUGACAGGUGGGACGAUAACAAGCACGACAACAAGCAUGAUGACAAGAAGGACAACAAGCAUGACAAUAAGCACGACAACAAGCACGACAACAAGUAUGACAACAAGAAGAACAAUGGCCACGAUGAUAAGUACGGCAAGGGUGGCAAGGAGGGUUACUAA